AUGGCGGAUGCUCCGAGUAAGCCAGAUUUUUUAACUGUACUUGGACGAUUACAAUAUGCUUUGAAACAAACGAACUAUCCUAUUUUAAACUUCAAGCCGCUACAAAUUAAGUGUCUGGAGUAUUUUCUCAAGGGGCAUGAUGUUGUUGGCGUCCUACCGACUGGUUUCGGAAAGUCAAUGCUUUUCCACAUAAUGCCUUAUUUAAUUCCUGUAAAAACAAGAAAAAAUAUUGUCCUCGUUGUAUGUCCCUUGAACUCUAUCAUCGAAGACCAGCUCAGGGUGCUAAGAGAGAUGCAUAUAACUGCCGAUGUUAUACAACUAGCAGGAAACGAGCAAGAACUGGUUGCAGAAAAAUUGUUCAGCGAAAGUGACCAGAAUCGACAAGCUGACCCUGAGUGUACUGAAAGCGAACAAAUGUUGGACGGAGUCGUUAAACCGAUGUUAUUAAAACAUUUCUCCAAAGAAAUUGUAAAUGGCAACACCUCUAUUAUAUUUGCUCAUCCAGAGGUUCUGUUAAGUAGCGAAGGAAGAAAAUUGAUGGGGAGUAAAAUCUUUCAAGAUAACGUUGUUGGUUGUGUAAUCGAUGAGGCACAUUGUGUUCAGUUAUGGUAGGUUGCAUUUUAUUAUUCGAAUAAUAUGAAAGCUGAUAUUUUGUUUUAUGUUGUGUAUUCGAGUGAGGCCAAAAGCUACUGCUUUACUUUCGACAGUAUAGCUUUUGGCCUCACUUGAAUACACAACAUUCAUAUAAUGCUCUGAAAGACAACUUUGUAUACGUUUUUUAAACUUUGUUUUAUCCUUUCAAGAUGUUUAUCAAUUUACAGAGCUUAAUAGCUAUUAGAGUGUUUUGUUUGACUUGCACAUGCAUUUUUCAACAACCAUUUGAAACAUGUUCACCAUAUUGAACCCUGGCUAGCUACCAAUGCGAUUUGUUCCACAACUAAAAUCUUAAUUCCCUUUUCCCCUUAGGGGCGAGGAGUUCAGAAAAGAUUUUAAAGAGCUCUCUGUAUUAAAAGCUUUUUUCCCCUAUGUUCCUACAAUGGCUCUGACAGCAACAGCAACCCCAAGUCUUUUGGAAGACUUGAAGUAUAAUCUACAUUUGAAAAAAAUUUGCAAAGUUGUUGCCGUAAACCCAAAUCGAAAGAACAUAUUCCUAGUCAAGAAAGUACGUUUAAGUGACCACAAACAGCUCGAAAGUUAUGAUGAGAUUCUCAAACCUAUUGCAAAUGAACUAUUAAUUCAAACAGAGAACUACCCCAUGACAAUAAUAUAUAUGAAACUGAAAUAUUGUGCACAUGCGUAUCGGUUGUUUGAAAGGAUCUUGCAAGACAAACAAUUUCUUGGUAAAACUACGGAACCGACAGCGAGACUUUUUGCUCAAUUCCAUGCCCCUCAAACAAAUCUAAUGAAGAAAGAGUUAAUUGAAGAAAUAAAGAAAGAAAACUCUAGGGUAAGGGUGGUGUUUGCAACAUCGGCUCUUGGUAUGGGGGUUAAUGCUCCAUUUGUUACUCAAGUGAUCCACAUCACACCUCCAAGUAACUUAGAAAGCUACAUGCAAGAGAUAGGCCGUGCUGGUCGAACUGGUCUUCAGUCAUAUGCUACAUUAUAUUACAAUAAAUCAGACAUUGGGAACAACAAAAAGCAUAUUGAGGAAUCGAUGAAAAACUAUUGCAGAUCAGAAGAUACAUGCCUCAGACAGCAGCUCUUGGAUUACUUUGGAUUUAGCAUUACAAAACAAAGUAAAUGCUGCUCUGUAUGUGAUGGGGAGUAUGGAAAUGCAGUAGGUACUAUAAACAUAGUUAAGAAGGUCAGGUGUCUGUUAGAUGAAGACACAGUUUUAAAGAGCUUGGUCAACAUGGUUUUGUCUGAUUAUCAAACUGAAUCAACAUCAGAUUGUUCUUUGCUUCAUUCCAUGUCAAUUGAUAAGGAUCUAGCUGAUAGUAUUGUGAAGCAAGUGGAAUAUAUUCAGACAGAAUCUGAUCUCCUAAAUAGUUUUGGAAUAUGGGAUGAAGUGUGUUCAUCCAAAAUCUUUGCUCUUAUUUCUGAACACACUUUGAUGUGUGAUGAGAUAUUAACACAGGAACAGGACAUAUUUUGA